AUGACUCGGCAUGUGGAGCCCUUGCACAAUCUUCUCUUCUCGCUCGAUCCGAAUCGAUCCAUCAUUGAAAAGGUCAUGGAGAGUCACUACCAUCUCAACACCGCAACAUUCUCCGGAGAGGACAAUUCAUCUCCGAAGAAUACAAGUUGGUUGAGGAGAUGUGGAGUUUUUGGAAUUCGAAAUAUUCUUUGUCGAGAGUCGUGGUCUUACAUUCUCACAGAGUCUGGCCAUUUAUUAGAAAUUCAUCCUGAUUCCAAUCAAGCCAUGACAAUGACUCUACAAAUUCUGAACCACCUCUUGGAACCAUCUGAAAAAAUCAUUCACAUGAGUGCAGGACAUCAUUUCUUGCUUCUCCUAGUGCAAGAUAUGAUCACACAAAAAACAAGAGUUUUAGCGAAAUAUUGCAAUAAUCAAACAAGUGAUCCAUGCUUUUAUUAUGUACAAUCAGUCAAAUGCUACGAACAACAAGUCAUUUCACAUGAAGGAGGAGAAAAAAUUGUCACAACUCUCUUUCCAAUGGGUAAGAAGUGGUGGUAUGAAAUUUGUGAUUUUCAAAACAUGGAGGAUUGGCAAGUCGAUGAAGAAAAUAUCAUUUUCACAUCAUGUGCAAAUUAUUCAAUUACUUUUAUUUCGAAUAAGGGAAGAAUUUUUGCAUCAGGAUCGAAUACAUUUGGUGAAUGUGCUCAACCAGUAGUGGGAAUCUCUUCCAUGUCUCAACAUCAAGUAUUGGAAUGUAGAAUUGAACAAUUGGAUCAUUGGAAGGAAAGACCAUUUUUUGUUAGAUCUGUGAAUGGUGAUCAUUCGAUUAUUGCUCUGACAAGAGAUCAUCGAGUUUUCUAUUGUGGAUGUUUGUUAGGUCAAGAUGGUUCAGAUUUAGAACUUCUUAGAGAGUUUAAUCCAAUGGGUAUGGACACUGAUGAAUAUUUUGUGGAUAUUGCUUCAUGUUCUUUUUCAACAUUAAUUUUAACAAACAAAAACAAGUUAUUUUUGUUAGAAACUCAUACAAUAAUUGAAUGGAAACCAAAUGUGAAGAUUGUGACUUGUCGAAUUUUUUCAACCUCUCAAUUGUUUUUUAUUGUCGUCAAUGAUUCGAAAAUUUUCUCCUAUGAAUCUAGUGUCAAAGAGUGCAAUUUUGUGUUGAAUAAUCAAAAGUCACAUCAUCAUUCACACUUGUGCAUUACAGGUGGUGAGAUAAUUGUCAUGUAUUGGAAAAAGCUAAAAGAAGAAUCCAAGUCCAUUCAAAACAUGCAUGAAAAAUUAUCGCAUUCUUUGAGUGUUGAUUUUUUACUGGAUGUCACCCUUUGCUUCAAUGGGGCAAUACAUUGA